GCACACUUACAGAUCCUGUAUCCGACCCGGCGGUUCCUGUUCGUGGAUAUUGGUGAGACGGCACAGAUCUCGUGUACUUCUACAGAAAAUAUUGAAGACAAUGCAUUAUCAUUCAGCUGGUACAAAAGAAGAGAACACGGAAUGCCAAUUUUAAUCAAGAGCUGCGAUGUUAGAAAACCCGGAGACAGAUUUGCUUGCAAAGUUAAUCCUAACCGUCGAAAUGCCAUACUGGAGAUCCUUGAUGUGCAGAGGUCUGAUUCUGGCCGUUAUUUCUGUACCCAAGCAAUUUCUAGUGGCUUGCAUUUCAGCAAUGCAACAUCUUCACUGAUUGUUGGAGACAGUUAUACUCCGAGCACCCGGGUGAUGCUUUUGCAGCCCUCUAACCAAGACCCAGCUCCCCGGUUCAAGAACCAACUUGUCUGUGUGGUCCUUGGCGUGUCCAACUUAGUCCAGGUGUCCUGGGACGUGCCGGGAGGUCUCCAGCAAGAGGGCCAGACCUUUUUGGCGAAAAACAGCAGUGGGUUGUUAACCUUCGUCAGUGUCCUUCACCUCCCCAUGGAGUCACAAUACAUUGGGAGAACCAUCACCUGCGAAGUCAUGUUCUCAUCCAGAACCAUUGUGAAGAAGAGUUCCGUGUUCAAUGCAUAUGCAGAGAUUCCUCAGUGCCUCUUCAGAUAUACGUGGGUCCUGGAUACACUGGCGUUGCUGCUGCUUCCCCUAAACUUCCUUUGGAUUCGAUUCUACCCUUCCAACUCCUAAACGGCAUCAGGAAUCACAUCCGAGGAAAAACUUAAAGGAGGACAACAUGGCGCUUUAUGCAGAAGGAAAUCCACAGAAUGAUUAGGAGGGUUUAUAUAAUAUCCUAGGAGGUGGGCAGAAGUUAGACCGCCGUAUAACUGAAUAUAUUUACAUGUUGUCUGUAUCUUGAUUGCCCAGGCUGCAAGGUGCAAUGCUGGAAGUUGAAGCAAACAAAUAAGCGUCAUUUUCACAUGUUGCAGGACGGGUAUGGAAUCGUUCCCCCUGUCAGGAAUUUUAGCCGUGUGUGUCCAGGGUUGCAGCAAGAGAGGCUUGGCAUUACAAGGAUUCCUCAGGUGGUGUUAUAGGAAU